AUGGAUAUCGUGAAAAGAUUGUUGGAUGAGUUGAAGCAGAAUGAGGCGACAAGUAAAAGGAGCAGGUUGAUGAGAUACCACCAGAAAAACUCAGGAAGAACCAGGAUCCACAGUAGUGUCUCACAUCCAACAACACCAGACACGUGGAAUAUGAAAAUAGUAGCUGGCAAGGCCCUUUCAGCUGUGGAAGCAAGUAGGUGA